CGCUGGGCGAGCAGGAAGAGACGCUUGGAGGUCCAGGGAUGCUCAUAGCGGGCUACUAACACAAAUCGGUAACAACUGGCCCACCUCAACUUCUACAUUCAGGAUUCAUCGCUGCCUUCGCCGACACGGCUUGCACGAGCAGAUCUGGCUGUAACAAGAUCUCUCCUCACAUAAAUUGGAAGUGAAAAUUUGAAAAGCCAUCAUGAAUUUCCUAUUAAAGGCAGCUAUGGGAGGAGGUCCUCCUGAUGUUGGUAAAAUGAUGGGGGGAGAUGAGGAUAAAGACCCUGAAGCGGAAAAAGAGAAAGAAGAGCAGAGACAGGAAGCUCUGCGACAGGAGGAGGAAGAGAGGAAGGCCAAACAUACCAAAAUGGAGGCAGAGCGGGAAGUCAUAAGACAGGGCAUCAGAGACAAGUACGGCAUUAAGAAACGAGAGGAGGCGGAGGCCGAAGCACAGGCAGCUAUGGAGCAAGCGAGCGAAGGCAGUCUGACCCGUCCCAAAAAAGCAGUACCGUCCGGCUGCGGGGACGAGGACGAGGAGGAAAACAUUAUGGAUACGAUGAUGAAGUAUCUACCCGGCCCAUUGCAGGACAUGCUGAGGAAGUAAUACUCAGAAACGACCACGAGCACACGCCGCUUUAGAUGUUAUUUUAGUGUGUACCGACGUCGGCCGAGAGAGAGAGAGCGAGCACGGUAGAGCAAAUUACGGUACACCUGACUAAUCCAUUCACUUUUCACCCAUUUUGAUUCGUGGAGAGCUGUAGAUGUUAGUGACAGAUCAAUCAGACGAGAAGAGUUAAUAAUCAGAAUAUAAGCCAUAUUCUAUCUUUACUGGGAAACCUGAAUCACAUCAUCUGCGGUUUCAUAACCAAUACUUAAACAGCAAUAUAUAUGCAUGAAUUGUCGAAUGUCUAUUCCAUGGGUUUGUAUUAUCUGUUUUCAUGCUCAAUGUGAAGAAAAAAAGUACUGUUAUACGUGUUUAACACAUUCUUGCAUGUCUCCAUAGUGUAUGUGUGCCCACCGUCAUUGUGUUUUUGUCCAAGAUUGCAAUCAUUUAAAAAAAGGCAAUAACAUGUUCCCAUGCUGUAAGCUAACUGAACCUUUGUACAUUUCUUACUACACUAUUUAGUUCAUUCGGGUGACUCUUGCUACUAUUCACGCACUAUAAUAUAAGAGUCACAUUUAAAGCCUCAAUUCAGUUCAAUACUGUUGCUGAGCGAGACGUAUUCUCACGCCUCCGUUUCUGUGCUUUUUAUAGGAGGGUAUAAAGAGGGAAAGUGCAAUUUUUUGAUUUUAAGAUCAACUCAGUUUCACAGGGCUCGCAGGCAUUUUGCGUGUUUUUACUGGACUGUCAUUUCUUUGGUCCUUGGUUCUUUUGGGAUUGCGUGCAAUCCAGAACAGUCUCAGCAAUAAUAACAUAUUCUGUUUGCUUGGCUUGCAGUUAAACAAGAAAUAAAUUCAUUGGAGUGUAUGAAUGAAUCUGAUGUUUUAGGAAGGGAUGAAAUGUGAUCUGUCUCAAGAGUUAAUGUGAAUGGCACUGUAAUAAACCAAUCACACAAAUCUAGAA